CAUUAAUAUCAGCAAUUUCAAGAUGUCUUGCACAUUUCUUAACUAGUGUUAAGAUCAGUUUUAGUAUUGGCUUACGAAUACAGAGAAAAAGAACCUUUGAUUCAUUAAUAAAUAAGGAUAGAUGUAUUAUUAUAGAUUUGAUUAGUGGUGCAUUAUUAUUUAUCAUAGAUGAAGUAAUCAUAUUACCAGAAGUCAUAAUAGAUUGCGGAUGCAUAUAUGAUGUAUAUCUUGUAUUUGAUGUUAUAGAUGUCAUAUUUUGUUCAUCUGUAAAAGAAAUUGAUUGUAGUACUGUGUAUGCCAUAGAUGCCUUAUUUUGUUCAUUUAUAGAAGAGACUGAUUGUGGUAUAGUAUAUGCUGUAGAUACCAUAUUUUGUUCAUCCGUAGAAGAAACUGAUCAG